CGCCUCUGUGUCGCGCCCUUUCUCUCCGCAGUCCGCACUUCGUCGAUUCUUAUGGCAUCUCAGAAUCUGACUGACUACGAACGGAAGAGACUUGAGAAUAUUCGCCGCAAUGAUGAAAUGUUGGCUGCCCUUAAGAUUCAUUCCAAAGCCUCCGAGGUAUCCGCCGCAGCGAAGCGCUCAAGGGGUGCUUCCAAAUCUUACACUGUGAAAUCUGAAAAGAAGCCUAAAACGGAAACCCCAGUGGUGAUCCGACGGUCCUUGCGAACCAGAGGUAUGCCACCCGAUUCGGAGGGUUUAAAGGACGUCGCUUUGGAUUCAGUCAGUGUUACUGAGAAAUCACCAGCAAAAGUGCUGGGUCCUCUUUCCAUGAGAGAUGCUUACGAAGGGGAUGAAUUUGACGGCUCCUUCGUUGAAGCAGUUUUGGGUUUGGCUAAGAAGGAAGCUCAAUCUCGUCGUCUGAAUGGAGAAGAAAUUGAUAGCUGCGCAGAUGGGGAUGAUUUUAAAGAAAGAAGCGUUGGGACUUCUUGUGAUUUAGAAAGUAAAAAUGAGGAAUACAAGGUCGGAGGUUCGGUGAAGUUGGAAUCGCUGACUUUGGAUUCCGAGAACAUAGCAAGGAUUGUUCCGGUAAGGAUAACUGCUGCACGGUUUUUUCCUUCAAGCAGUGUGAAAAUGGUCGUGGCAGGUGAUAAAUUUGGAAAUCUUGGAUUCUGGGAUUGUGAUUCGGGCGGUAAUGAAGGAAAUGAAGUUCAUUUGUACCACCCCCAUCCAGCUGCCAUUUCUGGGAUCUUGGUUCAAAGACAUUGCUUGUCCAAGAUCUACACAAGUUGCUAUGAUGGAUUGGUUCGCCUGAUGGAUGCUGAAAAAGAGAUCUUUGACCUCGUCUUUAAAAGUGAUGAAAGUUUGUACUCCCUGUCACAGCCAAACAACGAUGCAAACUGCCUAUACUUUGGCAAAGGUCCUGGAGGUUUGACCAUUUGGGACAGUAGAACAGGGAAAUGUACAUCCCAAUGGGUUUUGCAUGAUAGUAGGAUUAAUACUAUAGAUUUCAACCCAGAAAACUUUCACAUUAUGGCAACUAGUUCUUCCGACGGAACUGCCUGCACCUGGGAUUUGAGAUAUAAUAAGAAGUCUAAGCCGAGUGCCCUGAGGACAUUUACUCACCGAAGGGCUGUGCAUUCUGCUUACUUCUCCCCUUCUGGGCGUUCUUUGGCAACUACAAGCCUGGACGAUACAAUUGGCAUAUAUGAUGGAGCUAACUUUGAGAAUGCAUCGACUUUAUUCCACUUCAAUCAGACUGGCAGAUGGCUUUCUACCUUCAGAGGAAUAUGGGGUUGGGAUGAUUCCUAUAUCUUCGUUGGCAAUAUGAAAAGAGGAGUUGACGUUAUCUCCCCUGUUCACAAGAAAAUUAUCAUGACUCUGCAGAGCCCACACAUGUCGGCCAUUCCGUGCAGGUUUGAUGCUCACCCUUUUGAGAUUGGGACUCUUGCGGGAGCUACUAGUGGGGGACAGGUUUAUAUGUGGACUUCAUCCUAAAAGAGUCCGGUAAUUAUGCACCAAUGUUUGUAUACAAUUAAACGGAAUGCUCGUUUUAGGCUUUUAGACUGUGGUUCCUUGUACGAGUCUUUGUGUUAUGUGAAUGAGGCAAUUUGUUCCUUAUAUGCGUAAUCAUGAUGAUAGUGAUUAUGAUGAUGAUAAUUACUAAAGUAAUUGACAUCAAUCUUGUCAUUACUAUCAAAAUCAUUAUUAAUGUAAUUCUUGGAGACACAAUCAUAAUGAUUUUUAUUAUAAUGAUUAUGAUAAUCAUUUAUGUAUAAGUGGAUAUUAGUUUUGCACUA